UUUGUUAGCCUGUAUUUGCUGAUCUGUAGCCCACUUAUAAAAUCCACUGAAAAUUGAAAUCCAACGAUAGAAUGUUUUUCUGUUUGUUUUAAUUCAGUAUAAUAACAGUUUCUUGAUGAUUGGGGGGACCUUAUUACAGUUCAUUCGUUGUCUGUCAUCAAUCCGCGUUGCGUUCGGUUUCUUUUGCGCGUCGAUUUUUUUUCUUUCUUUUUUCUCUUUCUUUAUUACUUCAUUUCUCUUGUGGAAUUGUUUUGUUUUCCAGUCACCAUCAGAUCUGCAUUUUCUUGAUUUCCUUGUUCAACCAUAGUACACCAAACUAAGCAAGCCCCCCUUUUUCUUCGAGCUAUCUGGGUUUCAAGAUCUUACAACAUUGCAGGUAAAGAUUCGAGCUUUAUGGUUUUUCUGAAAAGAAAAAUCUUGAAUUUUGCAAAAGGGGGUGUUUCUUGAUUAGGGUUUUGUAGGUACAUGAAAUUCAAUUUUCAUGGAGGAAAGUGAAUCAGCAAACUUGUGGGUAGUGGAUAUAUUUGUGGGUAAUGGUGAAAUGAGAAUGUAAGUGUGAUUUUCUUGAAUUUUUAAAGAGGGCUGCACUUUAGUCUUAGUUAAAAGUGGUUAGAUUUUCAGACAAGUAGCUAUUUUGCUUGUCUGAAAAAAAAAUGGGAUCAAGGGAGGAGAGACACAGGCACAAUCAAGAUCUUGUUCCUUUAGCUGCACUAAUAAGUAGGGAAUUAAAAAUGGAGAAAAUGGAGAAGACAUCUUUGAGAAUAGGAUCUGCAGCUCAAUCAAGAAAAGGGGAGGAUUAUUUCCUAAUCAAAACCGAUUGCCAAAGAGUCCCCGGAAAUCCAUCCACAUCGUUCUCCGUUUUCGGGCUUUUCGAUGGGCAUAACGGGAAUGCAGCAGCAAUAUUUUCGAAGGAUCAUUUAUUGAAUUAUGUUAUGGAUGCAAUCCCACGUGGGCUUGGGCGUGACGAAUGGCUUCAAGCUUUGCCUCGAGCUUUAGUGGCUGGCUUCGUUAAGACAGACAAGGAGUUUCAAAGCAAAGGGAAAACUUCUGGAACUACUGCGACAUUUGUAAUUAUCGACGGGCUAAUGGUUACAGUUGCGUCAGUUGGAGAUUCACGUUGCGUAUUAGAUGCUCAAGGCUGCAAUGUCUCUGAUUUGACCAUUGAUCAUAGACUCGAAGAAAAUGCAGAGGAAAGAGAACGUGUGACAGCUAGCGGAGGUGAAGUCGGUAGGCUGAACAUUUUUGGUGGGCCCGAGAUUGGUCCGCUUCGUUGUUGGCCGGGUGGCUUAUGCCUUUCGAGAUCGAUCGGUGAUAUGGAUGUGGGAGAAUUUAUUGUCCCCAUACCAUAUGUCAAGCAAGUGAAGUUAUCAAGUGCAGGGGGGAGAUUGAUAAUUGCUUCCGAUGGGAUUUGGGAUUCGUUGUCGUCGGAAAUGGCUGCAAAAUCUUGCCGUGGAUUGCCUGCUGAACUUGCUGCUAGGCUAGUUGUAAAGGAAGCACUAAGAACACGAGGGCUAAAGGACGACACGACAUGCGUAGUGGUCGAUAUAAUCCCUCCGAAUAACAACACACCGCACCCUUCUCCACCACCCAAGAGAUUCACCAAACUUCAAGCCUUAUUAUUCCGAAAACUUUCCAGCAAGUCGUCUGCUAAAUUAGCAAAGAAAGUAUCCGAUGUCGGUAUUGUUGAGCAAUUAUUCGAAGAAGGCUCGGCUAUGCUCGCCGAAAGAUUGGGAAACGAUGAUUCGAGUGGGCAAAAUUGUGGGGUGUUUGUGUGUGCCGUAUGCCAGGUGGAUCUAUCUCCAAACGAGGGGAUAUCGGUACAUGCGGGGUCGAUAUUCUCGAUGAGCUCAAAGCCAUGGCAAGGACCUUUUCUUUGUGGAGAUUGUCUUAAUAAGAAGGAAGCUAUGGAAGGCAAACGCCCAAGUGGUGUCAAAGUAGUUUAGUUAAUUAAUCAAUGCCUUCUAUUAUUAUUAAUUCUAUUCUUAAAACACCUAUUUUUUUUUUUCCUCAUAACCAUUCUUUUCUCAUUGAUUGUUCAAUAUCUAAAGUUAUUUAUUCAAUUAUUCAAUAUCUAAAGUUAUUUAAGCAGGAUUUAUUAUUUCAAACAGUGUAUAAUAAUCUCAAAUGUUGAAUAAUGCUCAAGACAAAUACAUGUAAUAUGAUUAGUUACCUA